AUGGGAGAAAUUGGGGAGGAAUGGCCCCGCCCCCUUUUCCCGCCAGUCCACGCCUUUGAUUUGCAUGGAGAGGGCGACGCCCACACGGCCCUGGACUUCAGGCCCGAGGACCGGCGCUUUGCCGUCUUCUCAUUGGCUGUCGGGCCGGACGGGCGGGACGUGAUGGGCGGGGCCAACGACGGCUGCGUCUACGUCUACGACCGGGAGGCGCAGCGGCGCGUGGAGAGGGUGAGGAAACGGGGCGAAAACGGGGGAAAACGGGCAAAAAGGGGAAAAACGGGGAAAACGGGGAAAGGAGGCGGAAAAACGGGGAAAAACGUCCAAACCAGUCCAAACCAGUAA